AUGAUAACAAUUCAAACUGCACAAAGUACUAAUGAAGUCAAUUUCAUAAUAAAAGGGAAAUUCAUAAAAUAUCAAAAAAAAUAUUUUAUCCUCACAGCAAAGGAUAGUUACCUAGAAUUAUUGUCAUGCGAUUUUAAGGAAACAAUAUAUGUGCAAAAUACAUUUUUGAAAAUAAUAUUUUUACAACUGCUUGAAGGGAAAGAUCAUGAUAAAUUUAUUAUUGUUGAUGAUAAAUUAAAUUUUCGAAUUUUAAAAUUUGAUCAAACCUUUGUUGAAUGCUGUUUUAUUGGAAAUUUAUAUUCAAAAAAAUUAAAACUAUAUUCAAAAAUAAUUAAAUUAAAAAAAAAUGAACAAAUUGACAAAAUCCAAGAUGAAUAUCAUAAAUAUAUUAACAUUUGUAAAUCGGCCAACUCGUUUUUAAUUUCUAUUGAAAAUUUUUUAUAUGUGAAAAAAAUAAAAAUAAAUGAAAGUGAAAAUUAUAAAAAUAAAUCUGAAUUAAAAUAUUUCAGUGAAAAUCGUAAAAUAUGUUUCAAUCAUAUUCAAAAAAAAAACAUAUAUGAAUUUAUUAAAAGAAAAAAUAAAUAUUUUAAACAAAAAGACAAUAAGAAGUGUUUACAUACUAUAGUGAAAGAAGAUAAUAGUUCACAUAUUUAUAAAAUAAAAAAAAAUAAAAAUAUUUUUUUAGAUCCAAAUAUUAAUAAUAAACAUAGCACAUAUGAAUAUAGAAAUAUAAUUAAUAGUAUAGACAAUGAAAGUAUAUUUUAUAAAAUAAUUAAAAAUGAAGAAAAUGGAUUUGCUUUUUUUAAGUUCUUAAAAAAUAUAGCCUUUAUCACAUAUAUAGAAUGGAAGCAUAAUGAUUUUAAUUAUUUAAAAUGGUGGAAUAAAAUUAAAAAAAAAAAAAAUACUUCAAUUGAUUAUAGAAUGUAUGAAAGAUAUGCUAAUUAUAAUAACACAUAUAUAUGUAGAAAAAUCCAAAAUAAUUCGAAAAAUAAAUAUGAUAAAAAUAAUGAAAAUAUCAUUAAUUUUUAUCAUUAUACUUAUGAAAGUGAAGCUGAAAAUGGCAAUCAUAACUGUAUGUUUACAAAGAAAAUUAAUAAAAUUAUAAAGAAUAAGCAUAUAUGUAGAUUUUCUAACAAUAUAUUGUAUAUACCAACUAAACAAAUUAUUCAAAAAGAAAUAAAAUGGAAUUUAAUUCCUAUUCGAAGGAUAAACAUUAAAAAUAGUGUUAAAAAUAUUAUAAAAAAAGGAAAUUGGAAUUAUAGCAAAUUUAAAAUGUGCAAUAUUUUUGAAAAAACUAACAAAAAAUUAUCAUAUAAAAUUAACGAAGAAUUAGAAUAUUAUCAUGAUGAAUAUAUUUAUUGUACAAAUUUUAAAAUAAUUUUUUUAGUACAUUUUUUAAAAACUAAUUGUACUUAUUAUGGAUUUAUCAAAAAUGUUAUAUUUUAUUCGAUGAAAAUAAAUAAUGAAAUUUUAAGUCUAAAAAAACGGCUUUUUUUUAGUAAAAAUAGUAACAAUUCUUUUUUCAAAAAGAAAGACAUAUCUAUUGUAAAAAAAUAUAAAAAAGAAUAUUAUAAAGAUGUAAAUUAUUUAAAUAUAUGGAGUAAACAAAUUAAAAAAAUAAAAAUAAUUGAUUUUAUAAAUAUUCAUAAUGUUAUUAAUAGUUAUAAGUAUAUUCACGAUUUUAACACAUGUUUAGUUUGUCAAUAUUUUUUUAACAAAUUUAUUUACCUUAUGAAAAAAUAUAACAUACAUAAUGAUAGUAAAAAUAAUAUGCAUAAAUAUAUUACUUUUAAAAAUGCUUCUUUUUAUUAUGAACAGCAAGAAAUAAAUAUAUUUUUUUUAUUCAAUAUUAUGAUAAGAAUAAAGUUAUUAUUAUUUUAUUUCAUUAUAUUAUUUUAUUCUGGUAACAAAACAUUUAAUACAGAAACGAUAUGUUCAUUUCUUAUUUUAAGAAGAAAAACCCAAAACCCCAAAAUAUUAUAUGAGAUAUUAAUUCAUUUAUACUUUUUAAAUGUUUUUUUUUUUCACAUUUUAAACUUUUUAUUUACUUCCGAUGGUGCAAAUUAUGAUAAAUAUGAAAAUAUUCAUAAAAGCGAGAAUACAUAUUUAUCAAAAAUCAGAAGAAAUGAAAAUAGACAUGAACAUAUACAUAAUAUAACUAGUGAACAAGCUAAUAAUAAUAUAAAAAUAAAUUAUUGCAACGAUUCGAAAAAUGAAACAAAUACACAUAAUAAUGAAAUAUUCUUAGUACACAAUAGACUAUCAUUACUAACAAAGUUUCUGAAAUUUAAUUCGAUAGAUGCACAUUUAGAUGGUAAAACUAGCGAAAUAAAAUAUUCUAUUUGUUUUGGACAAACCUUUGGAGAAAAUAUCAAACAAUGUCACACAAAUUCAAAAAAAGAAAUGUCUUUAUACUAUGAACAGUUAAAAAUUAUUAUAAUAAAUACAAUACAUCUUCAUUUUAUAUCUCUUAAGUUGUUAGAUGUAAUGAAAUUUAAUUAUUGUAAAAUUUGUAAAAAGUUCUAUUCAAAAUCUUCUGAGAAAUGGGAAAAAAAAAAAAAAAUAAAUAAAAAUAAUAUCCAAUUAAAUAACGAUGUUAGUAAAAUCAUAGUGAUAGCUCACAACGAAAAUAAUGAAGGAAAUAUUAUGUUUUUAAAAGUUCAAAAUAACAUGGGAAAAAAUAAAAGAUUAAAUUUUGAGGAUAAUAGUAAUGAUAUAUUAGAAUAUCAGAUAAUACCAAAAGCCAAGUUAAAAGUUCCUCUAAAUGUUGUUAAGAUUGAAAAAAUAAUGAACAAUAUUUUGUGUUUGUUUACAAAAAAAGGGAUAUUUUUAUUUUCAUUUUCUGAUACAUAUGGUGCAAACAUAACAUUAACAAAUUAUUACAUUUACAAUUAUAAUGAUAUACAAUAUAUUUAUAAAUUUGAGUUUUUUAAAAUUAUAAAGAAAACAAAUUAUUAUAAAGAAGUUAAAACAAAUAUAUUAUUUUCUGAUUUUUAUUCUGAAGCAAAUAAUUUGAAUCAUUUUAUCAAUAUGACAAAUAACAAUACUGAUGAAGUUAUUAAAAGUUGUUAUGAAUUGUUUUAUAUUUUAAAAAAAAAAAAAUUGAUGCAUUAUGAUAAAGAAUCUCUAAAUAACACUCAGUUUAAAUUUCGAAAUAAUUUUUUUAAAUCUUUUAAAUAUUUAAAAAAUUUGAAUAAUAUAUCAUAUUUAGACAGUUUUUAUUUGUCUACAUUUGAAUAUAAUUAUAAAUUUAAUUUUUUUGAAAAAAUGUUUAAAAGAAAUUUUUCGAUGUACUAUUCUUCUAUGAUGUAUAUUUCUUUUAUAUUAGAUAUAGAAGAAAGUGGAAAAGAUAAAAAAAAUGUUAAUAACAUUAAUAAGGAUAUAGAUUACACUAAUUUUUUUUAUAAAACCCGAAUAUUGAAAAGCAGAAAAAAAAUACCUUUGCAAAAUAAAUCGGUUGAAUUUUUUGAAAAAAAAAAAAAAAAAAAUGAAAAAUAUAUACCAAAUUAUAAUAAAUUUUAUAUAUCUCUCGAAAUUAGUAAAAACAAUUUUACAAAACUAUAUGAAACUAACGGACAAUAUGGUAGCGAAAACGAAAAAGUACUGAGCGAAAAUGAAAAAAUAUUGAGCGAAAAAUAUGCCGAUACAAGCUCAGAACAUAGUAGUCAUUUUAGAAAUACCAAUGUAAAAGAUAGAAAAGAAAAAUGUUUGAAAAAACAAAAUUUAUCCCAAUUAUUUACAUUACCAGACAUAACAAUUGUUCAAUUGGAUACAAUAAAAAUGGAUAAUAAAAUUUUUGCACACACUUUAUUUAAUAUACGAUACUUAGUAAUUGACUAUGAAAAAAAAACAAUACAUUUAAUUUUUAUAGUUUAUAAUUACAAGAAUAAUCGAAUUUUAAUAUAUAGAAAUAAUUUCGAAGAAUAUGGCUUUUAUCAAAAUGAAAAAAUAUUUUUUAAAAAUAUUUUUUUACAAGCAAAAAGUGUAUUUUGUUUGACAAGUAGAAACAAUGUGAUAUAUAAAAAGACUAAAGAAAAACAAUUUGAUAAAAAAAAUAUAAAUAAGUUGGAUAAUUGUGACAAUUUCGAUAUAGAUAGACCUUAUAAAAAUAAACAGGAAAUAAAAGAAAGUAUUUUGUUGAUUUUGAAACAAGAAAAGUCUGAUCUUGUAAUUGUAGUAAAAUCCUUUGUUUUAUUUAAUAAGAAUAAACAAUUAUAUAUGUUUAAAAGCUUUUUAAAUUUAUUUUAUGCAUAUAAUAAAAUAAAAUCAAUUAAGGAUUAUAAAUACAAAUCAAAAAUAAUUAACAAUAAUUCGAAUAUAUUUCAACAUGAUACUUUUACUGAAUUACAAAAAAUUCAAAACAUAAAAAAUGAACCAAACGAAUAUUUAAAAAAUAAAGAUAAUAACUCUAUAUUUGAAAUUAAAAAAGUGAAAAAAAAUUUAGGAUAUAAACUAUUUAUAGUUGAUAAAAAUAACAAUUUAUACAAAAUAAUGGCUGGAUAUAGUAUAUUAUUAGGGAAAGAUAAAAAAAAAAAAAAUUGUGGUCUACAAUCUUGUUUAAAUACUGCAUAUAAAAAUUCAAAUUUUUGCAAUAGCAGUUUUUUUUUUAUCAAUAUUAAUAAAUAUUUUAACAUUUUAUGUAUAUCUAAUUAUUUUAAAACAAUUUUUUCUUUCAUUUUAUGUGAUAAUAUAUGCAAUUAUUUCGAGGAUUCAAUUUUAUUGUCCAAAAAGUUUAGUGAGAAAUUGGCUAGCCAGGAAAAAAAAAAUAAUAAUAGUAAAAAAAUAAAUAAAAUAAAUAAAAUAAACGAAAAUACUAAUAGGUUUUAUAUACUUACAAAUGAGGAAAUAAAAAAGUUAAAUUUUUUGCCUUAUAAAAUAUUGUUUACAAAAAGUAUACAUACAAAUGGAGAUAUUAUAUAUAUAAUUUUUUUAAAUCAUAUAAGUAUACGUAUAAAUAAGUAUAGGGUGUGUGCAAAUACUGAUCAAAUUAUAAGCUUUAUUGAUUUUUUUGAAAUUGAAUUUGAAAAUAAAAGUAUAGUUAAUUAUUAUUAUCAAGACAAUUUUCUAUGUUUAUCUUAUACCAAUAAUACUGUUGAUUUAUUUUAUAUUGAUUUUGUAAAUAAUCAGUUUUUUCUUUUAAAAUCUGUUAAUUCAAGCUCACCAAUUUAUUCGAUCUAUUUACUGAUACGCUCAAAAAGUAGAAAAAAAACUGACAAAAAUAUAGGCAAACAAAAUGAUGGCAAAACUGACAAACCCGAGAUAAAUUUCUUGGAUAUGGAUGAGUUUCAAACCGAUAAUCAUGUAAUAGUUUGUUUAGGAAAGAAAAGACAAUGUGAAAUCUUUGUAUAUUAUUUAGGUAAAAAAUAUAAAUACGAUAAUAUAAAUGGAACAAAUAGUUAUUAUAUGUUUCGGGAAAAUAAAGAAAUGAAUAUUAAAAUGGAGAAAGAAAAAUAUAAUGAAAUUAUUAUAUGCAUAAAAAAUGAACAUAAUUUUAUUAUAGACACUUUAAAUGAUCAAAUAAAAAUUACUAAUAUAAUUAAAUUAAAUAGCUUUAUUUUGAUUGGUACAAAUAUAGGUGUAGUGAAAGUUUAUGAUAUAUUUAAUGAUAUGGGGUUAGAAAAAUAUAAUAAAUUAUAUUUGAAUAAUUUUUUAUUUUGUAAAACUCAGAAAAUAAUAACAAAAGUAUAUGACGAAUUUUUAUUAGGUAAUGGAUGUGUAAAUUUUAUUAACAUUGAAAAAGUCGAUAAAAAUAAAAUUCAAUAUAAUGAUGAAAAAAAUCAUAAUUUUUAUUACCCUUAUAAAAAAAAUGCAUAUGUUCCAGUAUUUUGUGAAAACAAUUUAUACAUUUUUUUAUCGAGUAUAAUUAAAUCCUAUAAAUCAAAUGGUAAUCACAAAUUUCAUAAAAACGAUUAUACUACAAAGUUAGCAAAGAAACUCGAUUAUAACAUUGCCAGCUUAUUAAAUAUAAAGAAAAAAUAUAUUAAUAAUAAAUUUUUUAAAUUAAAAAAUAUUGGAUCUAAUAUAAUAAAAAAUAAAAACAUUUUUCUUAUUCCUUUAAAAAUAUGUAUAAAUAAUAGAACAUAUACAAAGAAAAAUUACACACAUAAUAGUAAUGAAAACGAAUUAGCAGGAUUAACUACAAUUGAUGGGAAUUUAUUUUGUAAUAUUCUUAAACAAAACGGGAAAAAAUAUGAUGAAAAUUAUUGUGAAAAUGAAAUUACUGAGCUAUCAAAAGUAAAGACAACUAAUUGGGAAACACACAGUUUUAAGAAAUAUAUUAACAACAAAGUAGUGAAGGCAAAAAAUUAUAUGAGUCCUAAUAAUAUAAUACUAAUAAAAAACAAUAAUAAAAAUGAUUUUAUUUUUUUAAUUAUAAUAUCUAUUAAUAAUGAAUUAAAAAUAGGGCUAAUUAAAAAAAGUAUCUUAUGCUUCCCUGAAAGAUCUUAUUUAGACAAUUUAAAAAUCCAUAAAUUUGUUGAAGGAAAUACAACAAAUGAGUUUAGUUAUUAUUUUAAAAAUGGAAUAAUAUAUUCGAGACAAUCUCAUGAAAAAAAUGAUAUUAAAAUUUCACAAAGCUUAAAAAAUAUGAAUAAGUCAGGUAAAAAAAAAACUGUGUGCAAUUAUAAAUAUAUUGGAUGUAAUUUAGGAAAAAAGGGAAAUCAAUUAAAAUUUGGAAAAUCUAUUAUACACAUACACAAAAAUCAAAACAUAAAAAAUAUAUUUCAUUUAAAUUUGGAUAGAAAUUAUAUAUUAAAAGAAGCUUUUCAAAUUUGUAUAUAUAAAGAAAGGGAAGAUAUCAUAAACUGGAUAAAUGAAAAAAUAAAAGACGACAAAAAAGACCAAAGUAUAUUAAAUUUAUUUAACAGUUUAAAAGAUAAAAAAAAAAAAAAAUAUAUUAAUAAUAAAGAAAAAAAUGAUAAAAAACAAAAUAAUUUACUAUAUAUUUAUAAUAAUAUAUUUUUAAAGGAUAACAAUAUUUUUGUAAAAAAUAAACAUAUAUUAUAUCUUCUUCGAGAUAAAUAUAUAAAUUUUAAAAACCAUAUUUAUUCCUUUUUAUUUUUUAUUAUAAUAAUUUUAAAAUAUAAAUUGGCUAGUUUUUUUCAAAAUGAAUUAAUUCAGUUUAAUUUAUUUAUAAAGGGAUAUUAUCCAUAUGAUGUUGAACAAUCAAAUAUCUCAAAAGAAUUUGAAAAAAAAGAAAAAAUAUAUAAAUCUGCAAAUAAAAUUUGUAAAAUGUUAAAUGUCUUAUUUUUUCUAAAAGAAGAAAACCCAAACAUAAAUAAUACAGAUUAUGAUCUAACAUAUUUGGAAAAUAAUUAUCCAACUCAUAAAAAAAGAAAUAAUGUUGACAAGUUCAUAAGUUUAAAUGAAGAUAGAUCUGUAAAAAAUUCAAAUAAAAAUAUUUUUGUAAAAAGACAAAAAAUGUUAAAAGAUCUAAAUUGUGAUAAUUAUCUUGAAAAUCCUCCUAUUUUUAAUAAGCCAUAUAAAGAAAUGAAUAAAAAAAAUCGUUUACAAUAUACAAAUAAUAAUGUAGAAUUGGAUAAAAUUAGUUACGAUCCUAUAAACAACGAAUAUAAUAAUGAAAAUCAUAAAAGGGUAUGUAAGCUUAUAAUUAAAGAAAUGAAUUUUGUUCGAAAUGCCGAAAGAAUGAAUAUGCAUUUUAGAGACAUAAAAAAUGGAAAUAAAAAUAAUUAUAAAUUAACAAACUUGGAAGUUAACCAAUUUUGUGUGUCUAAUAAAAAAGAAUAUGAUGAAAAAAAUAAACGAACAUUGGUUCAAAAUUUAAACUUUGUUAUUUUGCACAUAAUAGGAAGUAAAUAUAACUUUAGUAAUAUAGUAGAAUACUAUAAAAUAAUUAAUUGUAAAAAUAAAAUAUUUCACAAAAAAAUUGAUGUAAAAUUCGAGGAGGAAAAAUUGUCUGAAUUAUCUAACUUCAAUGAGAAUAAAAAAUUUUGGAAAAAUAGAAAAAAGGGAUAUAUAAAAAUUAUGAAUAAAAUUAUUGAAAAAAAAAAAAUUUACAAAAUUUUACAAAAUUCAAAUAAAAUUAACAAAAAUAUGAAAAAAGAAAAGAAUGAAUCAGGUAAUAAAAAAUGGGGAAUAAAAAGACAUUUUUAUCGUUAUAGAAAUAUAUUUAAAAAAAUUGUGGAAAACUUAAAUCAGUAUAAAGAAGAGUGUGCUAUAAAAUAUGGGCAUAAAAUAAAAAAUUGUUAUAAAUAUAAAAAUUUAGAAAAAAAAAAAAUGAAUAAAAAUAAUAUAAACAAUUAUGAAACAUAUGAUUGUCUUUUUGUAUAUAUUAAUAGCAUAAGUUACAAAGUUAAGAAUAUUGCUUUUUGUAAUUUAAAAAAUAAUUUUAAUAAAAAAUUUAACUUAUUAAGUGAGGAAAUAUAUUUCAUAAUGCAAUUAAUAGGUAACUAUGCUUAUUUGAUUAACUUUCGAACUAGCGUAUCUUUUUGGAUAAAUAUAAAAUACCUGAAUAAAAAUAUAUAUAUUCUUAAAUUAUCAAAAAAAAAUAAAAACAAGAAAAUUGAAAAAAUGAAUGAAAAUAUAAAUAACAAAAAAAAUGUGUAUACAUAUGAUUAUUUAAAAAAAAAAGAAAUAGAUACAAAUUUAUUGGAAAAUACAUCAAAGAAAACAGAUAUUUUUAUGUUUAAAAAAAUAAAACGAGAAAAUAUUGUUAAUUUAUUUUAUAAGAAUGUUUCAACAAAUCCGAUUAUAUAUAUAAAUAGAAACAUGAAAAAUAUAGGCAUAUUUUUAAAUAAAUAUAUUAUAUAUACACAAAAAAAUAAAAUUAUUCUUUUAAAAAUUAUUAUAUCAGAAGAUAACAGAAAUGUGGUUAAUCAUAAAAAUAAGGAUAUAGAAAAUAUUUUUAAUAGUUACAAUUUUUUUGAAAAUAAAUAUAUAAAUAAUUCUGAAAAUUCGAGAAAGUUGAAUUUUUCAGAUUUGUAUAAAAAUUUUAUUAAAAAUGAUAAAAUAAUUAACAGAUAUUUAGAGGAUAGUGGAAACAAUGAAAUGACUGAAAUGGAAUAUUUAAGAAGUUUAAUUAUUAAAAAAAAACGACGUAUUGAAAAUGCUAGAAGAAAUAUGUUUAUUAAUAAUACUAAUGAAAAUAAUAGAAGGGAACAAGGAUAUGAUGAUAAUAACAUUAUAGAUCAAAAUAUAAAUAAUAAUUCGAAUUCGAAUGAAAAUAGACCAGGUUUUACAUUUUCACCAUAUAAUGAUCAGAUUUAUGGAAGUUAUAGAACUAAUAUUAUUAAAAGUAGAAUAGAUAGUAUUUUAGGAAAAGACAGAAUUAAUAACAAACAAGAAUAUAAUUUUGAAGAUAUAAAUAAUUAUGUAUUUGAUAAUUUUUUUAACUAUAAUGAUUUAAAAUUUUUAAAAAAAUUUAAAUAUGGGCUAAUAGAAUUUUGUAAUACUACGGAUAAUUUUGAAGAUAUAGUUAAUAUGAAAACUUUUGAAAAUAGAAUAAUAAUAAUUACAAAAAAUUAUAUAAAAAUGUAUGAAUAUGAUGAAUUAAAAAAUAUAUUUUUAUUGCGUGCUAUAAAAUCAAUAUAUGGGACUAUAUUAUGUUUAGAGCAUAAUAUUUGCAAUAGUUUUAUUAAAAAUAAUAUUAUUAAUUUUAAAGAAAAAAAUAAAAUGAGUUUAUUCAUAUUUAACAAUAUAAUUGAUUAUCUAAAUGUUGUGUGCAAAAAUUAUUUAUUUUUUUAUAAAAUUGCACAAAACAACAUGAUAAAUAUAGCUACAAUAAAAUUUAAAAAUAAUAUACACAUUUUAUGUAAAAAUAAAUUGUUUUAUAAUAUUGUAGGCUUUAAUUUAAAUAUAAAUAAAAGGGAAUGUAUUACAGAAAGUUUUAGGAAAUAUAUAAAUUUUUAUGAAAAUUUUUAUUUAGUAGAUGAAAAAUGCAACAUAUAUAACAUGUAUAUAUAUCCAUUAAAACAGAAUAAUCGAAAUUGUUAUUUUGAUCAAAAUCGAAAUAUAGAAAUUUGUUACGAUUUGAUGAUUUUUUUACAAAUUUUAAUUGAAGGGAAAAAAUGUAAAAAAAAACUCCAAAAUUGGAAAUUUACAGAUUAUUUUACAAUAAAAAAACAACAAAAAGAUAUGAAAAAAAAAAAAAAAAAGCAAUUUGAGAAAAAUAUAUAUUAUUACAAAUAUAUUAUGAAAGAUAAGCAUAAAAAAUUAUUGUCUAUAUUCAUAGAUAGAGUAUUAAUUUAUAUGAAUAAAAAAAUUAUAUUUUUUAGAAAAUUAUUUGAAAAAAAAUCAAAAAACAUAUUCGAAUUCGAAUUGAAAUUAAAAAUAUUUAACAGAUUGUUAAAAUUGUGUUCUUAUAAAUUUUAUGAUAAAAAAAAUGGAGUAGAAUUAUUAAAUAAUAUAUAUGAUCAAAAAAGAAAUAAAAAUAUUACAUCCUUUUCUAUAAUAAAUAGAAAAAAUGACUAUAUUGAUAUUAUACAUAGUCAAUUAGGUGAUAUUGGAAUUUGUUCUUUACAAAAUUCAAAAUUUCAAGAUGGAAAAAUAUCAACAUUAAAUAAUUGCAUUCCUGAUUCUAACAUGGCAUCCCUUUCAAAUAAUUUGAAUAUAUCAAAGCCAAUUAAAAACAGGUAUUUAAAAACAUCAAAUAAUUUAUUGAAUUUUCGAAUUGGUUCGAAAAAAUGGAAAGGAGGAAAUAUAUGGAUGGAAAAAUUCACUAUGGAAAAAAUAAACGAAAUGAAUAAAUAUCGUAUAUAUGAUAUAAAUAGUUAUAAUGAUGUUAUAAAAAAUAAUAUAAAAGACAAUACAUAUUAUGAUGCUGAUUAUUAUUAUUUAUUAGUUCAAAUAUCCAAUUGUGAUAAUAUAUUAAAUUGUAAUAAUGGAAUAGAAGAAAAUCAGCAAACUAAUAUACGACGAAGUAAAAUAUUAAAUAAAUAUAUCGAUUUUAUUUAUUUACAUUUUUUAAUUAAUAUUUCUUAUAAUCCUAAUAUUUUUUAUCAUAUUAAAAAAUAUUUACAUUUACAUUCCUAUUCUGCAAAAAAUUUUGAAAAGAAAAAUUAUUAUAUCAAUAUAGAUUUGUUAAAUAUUAUUUUUAAUUUUGAUAAAAAUGGUUUGAAACAAUUAAAAACUGCCUUAACUAUAUUUCCAACUAAUCCAACUAUUGAAGAAUUAUUUGAUGCCGUAUCGUCAUUAUCCAUACCGCUUAAUAUUUCCUAA